CGUACACUGCCUUCCACAUGACUCAACUCAAACGUACACGCUCCCUUCACUAAUAGCCUAGUCUGCAUAUAUAAAGGCUUCUAGCCAGCAUCAGUAGAUCUUCUGCACUCACUCCGAGGAUGACAUACCAACUCCAUCCGCUCGAGAUUAAUCCUAAAACUGGAGAACCAUUCCUCCGGCUUGCAGCACCACACCAGAACAUCAUUCUCACCCCACCUCGACAGGGAGAUCAAUCUGUGCUCAUACAGCAUCUGAACGAUCCCGCUAUCUACGGAUGGAUGCAAGCACUCCCAAUCCCGUAUCUACCGGAACAUGCGGACUUUUGGAUCCAGUUUGUAAAAGAGGAAUCAGAUGCUACUUUGGAAUCUCUACGGAAGAGCGCGGAGGAUUUUCCUAAUGGCCCGCUUCAAUUUGUGGGUGGGAACCCUGUGGGGCAUCUUAGGGAAGUCAAAGAGGAUGGGACGGAUGUUCUUAUAGGAGAUGUGAAUUUCAGAAGAAGCGCAUUCGAGGAGGUACUAGAUGAAGUAGAACGGAAGCGAGUGCAGGAAGAUAAUGCAAAGAAGCAAGCAGGGGACCCGACGAUUCAGUAUACUAUUGGAGACUGGCUUGCUGCGAGCCACCAUGGAAGGGGCAUUAUGACUGCAGCAGUCGGUCUCUUGAUGACCGCGUGGGGAAUCCCUAGAAUGGGAAUUCGCCAUGUUGUAGUGCACACUUUUGCUGAGAAUAUUGGUAGUAGCCGAGUUUUUGAGAAGAACGGGUUCGUGAACAGGGGGCAGUUCGACUACGGGAAGAUAGUUAGAGGAGAGAAGAAGAUAUUGACUCUUCUUGAGUGGAAACAAGCUUAGUACUUAUAUGAGAACGUGACGCGACUGUUUUAUAAGUGA